AUGAAAGGAACUCUGAAUCUCAAUUCUCACCCCCACUCGUAAGAAAAAAAAGAAGAAAAAAAACAUUUUUAUUUUUAUUUUUUAAUUUUCAAUUCCCAUAGCAUUUUCAGAUAGAGCUAAGGUAAGGUAAGGUAAGGUAUCUCUUCGCCUCUACAACAACAAUAUUCCUUUCCCAUGUUCUGAACCGAGUCAAUAGUGGACUCAGCGAGUCACGCUUUCCGAUUCGGCUUUCCAAUCUCACCCACCAUGGCCACCACCCGUUCCUCCGAGGACAUAGUUGAUUCCACGCCGCUGCUCGCCAAUUCCGGCGGCUCCACCGACGACCUCACCUCCGGCCGCCGAUUCGCACGGCGCCAGCGGCUCCGGCAGGCGGUGCGGUUCCUCCAGCAGGCCAGCGGGCGCCGCAUGAUGCGCGAGCCGUCGAUGCUGGUCCGGGAGGCGGCGGCAGAGCAACUGGAGGAGCGGCAGGGCGAUUGGGCGUAUUCGAAGCCGGUGGUUGUUCUCGACAUCGUUUGGAACUUGGCGUUCGUUAUCGUGGCGGGGACCGUGUUGGUGCUGAGCGUGAGCGAAGCUCCGGGAAUGCCUCUGAGGCUGUGGAUUGUGGGGUACGCUUUGCAAUGCUUCCUCCACAUGGUUUGCGUUUGCGUCGAGUAUAGGAGAAGGAGGAGGCACCAACGUGCUGCGUCGUUGAACUCUGUGUCAGCGCAAGACAGGGUUGGUGACAGCAGUGGGAAUUUGAGUGUGUCUUCCAGGGAGGGUUCUGCUUCUGGCUCUGCGCAGUAUGUGUCGUUGGGGCAAUUCGAUGAGGAGGGUACUAGCAGUGUUGCAAAGCAUUUGGAAUCAGCCAAUACUAUGUUUUCAUUUGUUUGGUGGAUUAUUGGAUUCUACUGGGUAUCUGCUGGUGGUCAAGCAUUAGCCCAAGAGUCUCCUCAGCUCUACUGGCUAUGUAUAAUCUUCCUUGGUUUUGAUGUUUUCUUUGUCGUUUUCUGUGUUGCACUGGCGUGUAUCAUUGGUAUUGCUGUUUGUUGUUGCCUUCCAUGCAUCAUUGCACUUCUUUAUGCAGUUGCAGACCAGGAAGGGGCAUCGAAGGAGGACAUUGAACAGUUGUCAAAAUUUAAAUUCCGAAGAAUUGAAAGUAAUGAGAAGCUUAAUGGUACUAUACAAGGACCUGUAGGAGGAAUAAUGACUGAAUGCCAGGCUGAUUCACCUAUUGAACAUGUUCUUGCUGAGGAGGAUGCGGAAUGUUGCAUCUGCCUUUCUUCUUAUGACAAUGGGGUUGAGCUAAGAGAACUUCCUUGUGGUCACCAUUUUCACUGUGCCUGUGUGGAUAAAUGGCUGUAUAUUAAUGCUACAUGCCCCCUCUGCAAGUAUAACAUCUUAAAAAGUAGCAACCUCAGUCAAGAGGAAGUGUAGAAGGUGUGAGGAAGGUUUUUAGCUUCCAUGUUGAGGAAUCUGCAUACUUUUGAUUCACAGUAUAAUAGGCACAACAUGUUAAUAUACUUUGAUACACAGGCUCAUACCGUUGCUGCUGUUGCUGUGUGCUGUUAUCGUGUAGUGAUAGCUGUUUUGAUUAUUUGUAGUUAUUGUAUCUUGUAACUGGUUGUGUAUAUCAGUGUUGUGUUGUUCAGUGCAUACCGGCUAUAUUUAUCUGAAGAGGCAAUUUGGUUGUCAUUUUUUU